GAAUUUUUGGUUCGGUUCGGUUCCAGACAAAGCAGAAAGCAUGCAUGCCUGAUUUCUCAUGACUGUCUCCUACUUUUAAGCUAAAUUUAAAUCUAUUUUAAUCCAAAUUCCAAUUCUUCAAUUUACAAAAAAACUUUAUUCUCAAGUUUCUUUGCAUUCUCCGACUAUUAAAUCAAUUAUAUUUGAUAUUUUGGAAAUUUAAAACUAGCUAAAAGAUGGCAGGAGACGACGAUAACAACGACUUUUUGAAGACUAUAGAAGAAAAUAGAAAACGCAACAAAGCCAUUAUCGAACAGUCAUUGGAAGAAUUCUACAAGCAGUAUCCGGAAAUGAAGGAGGAGGCUGAAGCUAGGAAGAAUGAUUUCAAGUCACAGUUACCAAAGGAACUGCCGAGAGUUGGACCUCGCCGCAAGACACUAGAUCCGUCUUUCUCCGUCGCUGGCAUAAAGCGAAGCAGAAAGGCGGUCAGUAUGACCCCCACCAGACGAUCGGCUAGGUUGUCGGGAACUGAAGUCAGCUUUAAUCAUGAAAACGACUCCUUGGCUGAUUCGGCCUCCAAUACAGACUCAUCAGAUGACGAAGAUGCGCCCAGAUUUGGCAGGAAACGCGGCAGGGUGUCGUUGAAGCCACUCUCUGAGCUGAAAGCAAGACGAAGCACGGCUGGAUCCAGAGCUACCAAAGUGCCCGAGUUACCCGUUGAAGAAGUUAGCGACAGACUCUUGGCGAAAAUUGCCACAAAUAGCCGAAAAGAGUAUUGUUCAGUGAAGGGCACCACUUGUCAUCAAUGCAGACAAAAAACAAAGGACACAAAGUCGGUGUGCAGAUCUGGCAAAUGUGUUGGAGUGAGAGGGAUGUUCUGUGGAGUCUGCCUUAGAAACAGAUAUGGAGAAGAUGUAGCUGAAGUAUUGAAAGACCCGAAUUGGUCCUGCCCACCCUGUAGGAAUAUCUGUAACUGCAGUAUCUGUCGUACUAGAAUGGGCAAAAUGCCGACAGGGCAAAUGGUGCCUUUCAUCAGGGAGCAGGGAUACACCCACCUCAAGGAAUACCUGGACAAACAUCCGGAGGAUGAUGAAUAGAGGAGCAGGAGGAGGAGGAUAAGAAGAUGGAGGAGGAGGCGAAAGGAGAAGAUGAAAUCUGUUAUGUAGUUGAGUAGUUUUACAAGUUGAAUGUUUUCAUAGUAGGUCAUACCAUAGAGAAACAAUAGCAUAAGUAGAUAUCCCAUGGUAUAGGGCGUUUAUGUCGCAACUUUUACUGUUAUCUCAAGCCGAUUAUUGUAAAUAUUUACUGUUUUGACAGGGUAAGAGUUUAUGAACGGCACAAUAUGAGAGACUACCAGCGUUACACAGCUGUAUGGAAAAGAACUACGUGAACUAUCGGCUUGAGAUAACAGUAAAAGUUGCGACAUAAACGCCCUAUACCAUGGGAUAUCUACUUACGCUAUUGUUUCUCUAUGGUCAUACAUUAUAGUUAGGAGGGGUUGAAGGAGAAGAGGAAGAAGAAGAAGAGGAAGCAGGAGAAGAAAAAGAGGAGGUGAAGAAAAAGACGAAGUGAAAGGAGGGGAAUUAAAAUUUGUUAUAUAGUUGACUAGUUUACAAGUUAAAUAUUUUUAUAGUAGAUCAUACAAUAGAGUUAGGAGGGGUUGAAGGAGAGAAGAAGAAGAAAUAGAACGAGAAGGAGACGAAAGAGAAGGAGAAAUGGCAGGAGAAGAAAAAAGAGAGGUAGAAGAAAAAGAAGUGAAAAGAGGAGAGAUAAAAUUUGUUAUAUAGUUGAGUGGUUUACAAGUUAAAUAUUUUCAUAGUUGAUCAUACAUUGGAGUUAGGAGGUGCAGGAGAAAAGAAGAAGAAGAAGAAAUAGAAGGUGCAGGAGAAAGAGAAGAAGAAGAAAAAGAAGAGGAAGAAGGAGUAGGAGGAAAAGAAGCAGUAGAACAAGGAGCAGGAAAAGAAGAAUAAAAAGAAAGAGAGAAGAAGAAGAUAGUGAUGAUGAAGAAGAAGAAGAAAGGGUAAGGAGGAGAGAAAAAAAAGGAGAAAGAAGGGAGAAGAAGAUGAAAUUUGUGAUGCAGUUUUACAAGUUAAAUAUUUUCAUAGUAGAUUAUACAUUGGAGUUAGAAGGAAAAGGAGAAGUAGAUGAUGAUUAUGAAGAAGAAGGAGAAAGGGUAAGGAGAAAAAUGUUUUGAUGUACAGCUUUUAAACUAGCUUUCCUUUACAUUAUAUUUUACUUUACUUUAUAUUUUAUUAGGAUAUGAUACACAUUUAGUAGAUCAAACAUUAAAGCGUUGGAGAAGGAAGAGUUGAAGAAGAAGAAGAAGAAGAAGUAGAAGAAAGAGAAGUAGAAUUAUCCAGCUUCUCAUUUGAGAUGAAGAAUUAAUUGAGUAGAUUUGAUUAAGUAAUAUUCUAGAUGCUUAGUACAAAAUAUUUUUUGGGGUAUUCAGGGUUUUAUCUUAUAUAUUUUUGUGCUAUUCAUUAGUUUACCUUGUAUAUAUUUUUACAAUAUUAUGUGUUGUGUAAAGAAUAUUAAAGUUGUGUUUGAUAGAAUAUGGUGAUCCAAAGUUAUGAUGAAGUGAGAAGGAUGAAGUAGGAAAAAGGGUGGAGGAGGAGGAGGAAAAGAAGAAAAAGAAGGAGGAGGAGAAGAAGAAGAAGAAGAAGAAGAAGAAGAAGAAGAAGGAGGAACAGGAGAAAAGAGUGAAGAUUAAUUGAAGAUAAGAAGGAAGCUGUGUAGUUUUGAUUAAGUAAUUCUCAAUGCCUAGUACAAAAUAUUUUUUGAGCUAUUCAGGGUUUUGUCGUAAGUAUUUCUGUGUUUUUCAUUAUUUUAUCGUGUAUAUAUUUUUACAAUAUUAUAUGUUGUGUAAAGAAUAGGAAAGUUGUGUUUGAUAGAAUAUGGUGAUCCAAAGUUAUGAUGAAGUGAGAAGUAUGAAGUAGAAGAAGGUGAAGAUGAAGAAGAUGGAGGAUGAGAAGGAGGAGGAGAAGAAGAAGAAGGAAAAGAAGAACAAGAUGGAGGAGGAGGAGGAGCUGAAGAAGAAGGAGUAAAGGAAAAUUUAGCUAAUAAUAGGAAUAAUAAGAAGAGACCAAAAUUUGUCAAGUAGUUUCAAAUUUUUUAGUAUUCGACAAGUAAUAUUUUUGUUACCCCUAAUUAAGUUCUAGGUUUUUAGCUAAUUUUGUUUAGAAAAUAAUGAGACUGAAGUAAACUAAAUAAGUUACUGUCAUCAACUACUGAUAAUAAUUAUUAUUAAACAAAAAUUCAAAUUAAGAAAAAGAUUAAGAAGGUUUUAACGAGGGACGUGGAAAGAUUGUGAUGGGAGAAAGGAAAUAUACGAAGAAGAAGAGGAGGAGGAAAAGGAGAAGAAGAAGAAGAGAAAGCAAGUAGUAGGAGAGGAGAAGAAGAAGAGAAAGCAAGUAGUAGAAGAGGAGAAGGAGAGAAAGCAAGUUGUAGAAGAGGAGGAGGAGAAGAGAAAGCAAGUAGUAGAAGAGGAGAAGGUGAAGAGAAAGCAUGGAGUAGAAGAGGAGAAGAAGAAGAUGAUGACGAUGAAGAAGUUUUGAACAAAGGAUGUGGAAAGAUUGUGAUGGGAGAAAAUAAAUAAACGAAUAAGAAGAGAAAGCAAGUAGUGGAAGAGAAGAAGAAGAAGAUAAAGAAGUUUUAGAUGCUUUAUUACAAAAUAUUCACCAUUCAAGUAGGCAUUGUUGAGUUUAUUCUUGAUAAAGUAAAUUAAAAUAAAUAGAUGCAUAAAGUCGAAUAAGAAUGAGUUAGUUCAAAUGAAAGGAAAGGAAAAAAU